GAAUAAGAAGGUUACCGUGGUAACGUCAACACCUUUAGGCAGAGCUAGCUACAGUGUUUUUCAAGCUUUAUUGAAAUUCUCCUCGGUAAGUUUACGCCGUUUAUUCAGAACUGUUCAAAUUUAAGGGGGAAUUAGACGAUUGACGAAAACGACAAUGAAUGAGUUUAUGUUAUCGUACUUGGACGUUUGUUAGCUUAUCCAUGCUACAUCACGCAACGAACUGAUGAUUUGCAACGUAAUUUAAGCUCUGAAUACUUUCAAAAAACGUUUUAGGUGCUCAGAGAUAUUCUGUGCAGGGUCUUUGUUUAGUCGACACGGUAUGAAAAGGUAGAAAGUGUACAUUCCUGUGUAAUCAAAGAGUGAACUGUGUGCUUCAGACUCUGUACCCCAGCUGUAUAUCUCCAACAGAAAUGGACAUGCUCUUGUGAACACGCAGCCCUUACCGACAAGGACUGAGCAACAACAAAACUACCAGACUGUAGUAUAACACUUAAGUCGUGCUUUUUUUGUUCUUAUAUGUUCAUUUUUUUCAAGCAUCAUGUCCAGUCAGCGGCCUCCUUCAGGCAUGGGUCGCCCGGCUAGUCGCAGUGGGUCUGUGAUCCCUGGAGCUGGAAGGCCCCCAACAGCCAUCCGACCUCCUCCUACAGCUUUACGGGUUGCGACUGGGGUGAGUUCUCUGAGUUAGGAUGUGCUUUACAUUUCAAGAUAGUUUGUCUGCCAAUAGAUAGGGGAGAGUGGGGUAAGUUGAGCCACCCUCUGUUGCUUGUAAAUGGUAAAAGAAAGUGAUCAUGUGACCAAAUAUUUAGGAGAUGGGCAUCAAUUCAUGGAGUCUGUGAAGGUUAGAAGCACAUGGGUCAAGUUUUAUUAGAAUUGUGUUCAGACCAAAAAAGAUCAUUUUAAAUUUGUUUUAAGCAUCAAUUGUGGUAUCUAUGAGCUCCAACAUGAGGUCAAAAACCUAGCAUAAAAGUCCACCAAUUUAGCUUAGAGGACUAAUAAAGUCAUCAUAGUAGUUCUGGGGUAAGUUGAUCCGGUGGGUCAAUUGAGAAAGUAAAGAAGUCCGAUUAAAAGGUCUGAGUUUUAGCUCAGAUUGUUGAAACGUGUUACUUUUUCUUUUCAAAAAUACAGCUGUGAAUGUUCUGAAUCACUUAAAGGUAUUCUCAUGUUAAAAUGUCUUUUUUACAAAACAGCAAAAAAUUUAAAAAAAAAAAAUUAUUGUGCCAGUUGAAUAUCGUAUAAAAGAUAAAAAUACACAUGAAUGUGAAGAAGUGACUAUUAUUUAGGGAGAGAGAAGGUGAGGGAGGGCUGGGGUGGAAAGUGGGGGGUAGUAGGGAUACUGCUCAACUUACCCCGCUCCUAUGGUCAACUUACCCCAUACAUGGGGUAAGUUGACACAGGAGACCACUUUUUUUGGCAUGCUAUAUUAUCAAGACAGUUCUGUUUACACUCAUUCUGUUGGUUUGCAGGGAUGCACAACAUCUUGAAAUAUAUACACUAGUUAGAGACAAAACUAUGAUUGCCUUGAUGUAGUGAUCCCAAAUAUGAAAAGAAGCUCAUCUUACCCCAUCCCUCGACCCAGUUUGAGUAUAAUAAGUAUGAAAAUAUGUCAACUUAAAUUGUAAUGUUAUAACAUUAAAUUCACAAUGUCUGAAUAUAGAGUUUAUGUUUACCCAUUUAGAAACUCCAAAAUUGGAGCUAACUAAAUAGAAUUUUAGUUAAACAGAAGAAUAGAUUAUUUUUUCUAACGAUUUCUUGCACUCCCUGUUUCUGUGUCUCAUUAAGUAAGCUUUUUUUGUGUGACUUUUUAAAGAGAGAUGCUAAAAAAAGAACUCAUUCUCUCACUAUCAAACUAGUACAACAAUUUAAACUGAUUCAUGUACAUGUGGUGCAGGGAACUUUAUGUAUUGAAUUUGAGAUUGUUUCCUGAUAAACACCUAAAUUUACAGAGGCACGAGUUUAUCAAAAUCAACAGAGAUGAUUGAAUUAUUAAAAUUUUAGUUUGGGUGACUAUGUUCAAUAUAAUCUGUUUUUUUUCUACAAAUGAGGUUGUACAAAUCCAGUCUCAUGGAUGUGUUUCUUUCAUUUUCUAUUCAGAUAGUUCCAGGUACAAGUGGUCAUUCUGGUAUGAGGGGCGGCAUCCCCAUUGCCACUCCUGGAGUCCUGUCAGCACAAAUCAAAGUCACAGACAGGCCUGUGACCCAGCAGGGGCUCAGUGGGAUGAAGACUGGCAUGAAAGGUGAAUAAAAGAGGGCACUGCACUCUUUUCACAUGGAGAGAUUUAUAUUUAAAUUUUGGAGUUAAAUCUUUGUGUUACAUACAUGUCAGAGUCUCAUGUCUCAUCAUCUCCUGUCCUAUCCUAUUUCCAAAAGGACCUCAGCGACAAAUUCUGGACAAGUCCUACUACUUGGGCCUUCUGAGGUAACACAAGUCCUGCUACUAUUUUUAUAACACAUGUCAAGUCCAACCACUCCUUGAACUUACCAUUUGAACAUUUAAAUAUUUAACAUUUGACAUGAACAUAUUAUUUUGCUGUUGUACUUUCAGGAGUAAGAUCAACGAGUUAACAACAGAAACCAGCAAACUGCACAAAGAAAUUGACAACUUCAGCCAAGAGAAUUCAGUGUAUCUCUCCUAUGAGAAGAGGUAAGAGAGAGUUUUAUUGUUAAAAUUGAUGCUGUACAUUCCCUCGGCCUGCAUUUAUGUAAUGGCGUUAAUCAGUCAGACAAGUACAUUGCAAGUUAAACCCGAAAUUCUGUUCUCCAGUCGGGACAGGCAAGACAUAAAACUAGUCUAAUAGCAACAUAGUUUUACCAAAUCCCAUAAGGAUUUCAGGAUGUGAAUCAGUCAUGAUAUUUAGUGAAGUGGAAUCUAAACAGCUCAAAUAAAAAACACCCUGAAUCACAGGCGCUGUGUUGUUUUUUACUCUUUCAGAGCAGAAGGCCUCGCUGGUGAGAUCAAAGACUUACAGGGCCAGCUUGCAGACUACAACAUGGUAAACAGAUGCCCACUCUAGUUUUUUAGCCGUAGUCUUUUUUUUGAAGAGUGGCCACUGGAAGAAGAAGUCGGAUCUUUAUACUGAUGCAUUGAUUCUAGGUUAUCCAUUUGGAAUUGUUAGUAAGUUGUAGAAAGAAAUGAAACACUAAUAGUAAAUGCUCUAACAUUAUCACUAUUAGAGAAGUUCAGCAGCUUAAUGAUUAUAAAUGUUUGCUCAAUGUCAGAAUAUUUAUCUGUAGCUUAACAUCAUUUGAGUCUUAGUUGUGUGGUUGAAAGGCGUAAGAGCCUGGUAUAUUACACUGUGUUUCAAAAUCUUGCAGUCUUGUUUGCAGAAGACUUUGUCCCCCUAAUUAAACAUCAAUGAGUUUUAAUGGUAUGGAGUAAAUGUUCUGUAAACCAUGUUUGUGUUGCUCUCUUUUUGUAUCUCCAGCUGGUUGACAAGCUCAACACUAACACAGAGAUGGAGGAAAUGAUCAACGACUACAACAUGGUUAGUAAGCAAAGCAUGUAAGCUGUAAGGUUGCUUUUCAGACUUUUCUUGUGUGAAAGUUAGGAGUGUAUACUGAAAAUGCCCUCUUUUUUAAAUGUCCUUUUUUUUUAACUUGUCGCUCCAGUUGAAAGCCCAGAACGACAGCGAGGCUGAAGGCAUCGACAGCAUUUUCACUGAAAGGAGAGAGUGAGUACUUGAUGGCUAUUCUGUAUUGUUAUUGCAGUGUUCUCUUAAGUGCAGUUGAACUGUACUUUCUUUGAUUUACAGUAUUGUUAACAUGAGACAAACUAUCAGCUAGGUGAACAUUUGUAAGGUUAGUCAGUGGAUGUGCAAAUGUGGCUUGCAUGUAUUAUUCAGAUUUUUUCCAGGUUGGUUAUUGGGGUUUAAAUCAACAUUCUUUGCAGGUUAACCAAAAUCUGACACACCAACAUGAUCCAAUCAUGUCUUUAUUGACAUCACAUAGUGCAAAGUUGAAAACAUUCAAAUAGCUAAAAUGCCCUCAAAUCAUGUAGCAUUAAGGAAAAUCUUCUCCUGUACUCUGGUAGCCAAAAUUCUAUAGCUCUUCAGACUCUUUUUAUUUUCCCCAGUCUGAACCCAGACCCUGCAAGAAAGGUUUGAAAAUCCCCUCUUUAUCAAUCUUACCAUGCAUUCUGUACUCUGAUAUAGGGAGUUUUCCUUGCACUACCAAAAACUCAGAUUUCUCAGUCACACUUUCAGGUGAUGAAAGACUCCAAAGAGCCUGUUCUUGCUGUUCCAUCACCCAGUUGCAGCGUAUUUAUAUCACUCUGGAUGUAUGCAUUUGGCAUGGUUAAUGCAUACAGAAUCUUAGCCACAAAAAGCUGUGUCUUACAACUCCAGACAAAAUGAUUUUGUGUCAGUGUUUCAUCAAGAGGCAGCUGGAGACUGGAGUAUUCUUUGCAACAGGUUUUGUGCAAUUUUAUAAGUGCACUGAGUUUGCUUGUUAUGCAUCUUAAAGGCUGAGCUCUCUUUUGCUCCUCUCUUUUGCUAUCGCUUCACAGUGAUAGCAAAUACAGGUUACCAGGGUAACAUUAAAUUGGGGUAAUAUGUGAUUGAAUACUGGGUCUAAGGUCACUAAGCUUUUUGCAAACCACUCUAAAUACUCAGUCAGAUGGGAGAAUGCCAAUGGCUUUGCAGUCUAACUUUGGUUAUAGUCCUUGUCACAGGGGCUGCUGGUUCGACUCCUUGCCACAAUCUUUUGCUCUACUCCCCUCAUUACCUGUCUCUCUUCAGCUAUCCUAUCUAAUAAAGGAAAAAAUGCCCCAAACAACAUAACUAUUAAAAAAAUGAGAAGUGGUGUCUAUUUACUGACGUCCAUAAAAUGUACCUUAAAAGUACAGGUAUUUGGAGUUGAAAAGGUCUUUCAACCUCCAUCUGUACACUUUUGAAGUAGAAGUAUGAUUGUAUUUUUGAUUGCAAGAUUGCACGAUCAUUUUUGAUAUUGAUAUUGCUACAGCUCAACGAACAGAAUGACAAAAGCCAUAUGGUGGUUGGGAAAUAAGCAGUGGAAUAGAGGAAUAACUCUUUAGCACAAUACAACAGCCCCCCAGUGAACACAUUUCCUCAGCUUCAUCAGUCACUGUUUGGGUCUUCAUGUUCUAAUUGAAGUGUCCUCUCCCUUCUGUCACUCUUCCCUCUUGAUAUAUGGGUCUUCAUAGUACCCAUCCUCAUCCUCUUCUACCUCUUCUAUCUUCCUGUUCUCUCGCUCAAAGUUGAAAGUCUGAUGUUUGAGGGGCUUUCCCGUUCUUGAGAAAAAUGUCGACACAACGCCCGUCUCGUCUCCGGUGGAGUGCAGUCGCCGAUGACGGUAGUUGUGGAAGAGCUUGUACCAGGAGGGGCCCUUUAUGGCGCAUACGAUGAGCAGGCAUGUGAAUAACGCCAAAACUGCGACACAGGCUGUAAACUUCCAUGUGUUUCCAGACACAGGUGUUGGGACUAGUAGAAAGAAAGAAGAGCGUAGUAUGUACUGCUUUACUUCGUUUUUGACAUCUUAAAAUCGGACAUAAACCAAAUGUCUUUGUUUUACCUUGGGUGAGAUCUCUGUGCUGGUUUGUUGUGGUCUUCAGUAUAGACUUCUUCACAUUGACAGUUGUAGGUGGUUUUUGAGGGCGUGUGAUGAUGGUGGUUGGUGGUGAUGGGUAACAUGCAGCUGUAACCUCUAAAAGAUCCCUUCCUGUCUGAUUUCCUGGAGAAACACAGCUGGCUUUCGGUCCAUUUGUAGAGCCUGACAUCACAUAAAACAAAUAAAUCGAUACAACUGUUGAAUAUUCAGUGAAGCUCCCUUUGACUAGUAUGACUGCAUUUUCUCAUUACCAAUCUGAAUAUGCAACCUGAUCCCUUUUGUAUUUAUGGUUUACCAAAAUGGCAAUCUUUAGACCGUGAGUUGCAAUAUAUGAUUACCAAUGGAAACUCCUCCUGCUUUGACUUCUUCUAUGGUUUUCAGCAGUGGACAGGAACAGUUCCAGGGGUUACCAUGAAGGUUGAGCACCUAAUGGGCCCAGACAGAGUCAGGUUUAACCAUUAAUUAUAACACAACACAGCUAGAUCUAAAAUAGACGCUCUAAGGUUUACAAUUACCUUUCAUAUGUUUGAAUUAAUAUGACAGGUACAUAUGUAUGGUAUAAUUUUACUGAUAAAUCACUUUUUUUUCUUCUUGCAUAUCAACUUAAACCCUGAAGAAAUGAAAAGAUUGUGUUUCAGCUUCAUAAUACACUCAUAAGUACAUUUUAACAUUUUUAGUUAUGACAAAUGUAGGUGUAAUAAUGUGUUGAUGGAUUGUAAUAGGGUGUACCUGUAGAUGAUGGAGGCCUCUGAAUAGCUGUGUAUGCAAGCUUGUCAGCAGGUUGUUGGACAGGUCCAGCUCUGUUAGGAAAUCCAGGCCAGAAAAUGACUCUGGGUCCAGACUGCAGGUACAUACAAUAGUAAGAGAAAUUGUAUAUGCACUAUUGGCAUGCAAUGAUAAUAAAAACAUUUCAGAGGCCCCAUACUUUUUUUUUUUUUUUUUUUUUUUUACAAAGAAACAUUCUGAAUGACCUCAGAAGUCCAAAGUAGCAACAGACAUGCAACACUCUUGUAUUUUCAGUAUAUCAUGUAGUGACAGCAGAAAUCAGUUUUUUUCUUUCCACAUAUUAAAAGGCCCCUUUCUAGACUGAAAGCUAGCGUUUUAAUUCAUUUCUCUGUAUUUUACCUCUUGAUGUCGUUCUUAGACAGAGACAGCACUGUGAGAUUUGGUACCACUGAGAAGUACUUUGCAGGUACACUUCUCACUCUGCUGCCUUCCAGGUGGAGUUCGACCAAAUCAGGAUAAGUGGCCAAGGCCAGCCUGUCAGCCUCACUCAGAGUAAUCAGACUCCCUUCAAUCAACAGUUUUGUAAUCGAGGAACUGUUGCCAAUAGGAGGGAUGACCUUAAGAGGCAUGUUGGUCAGUUUCUUCACCUGCUGAUGAAUGAUAUUUGGAAGGAUGAAAAGUUACUACAGUGAAUGAAUUAGAAUACACAAGCACAGAAUGAAUGAGACAUUUGAGAUAUCCUGACUUAAGUUGGCAGUGUUUGCAAAAAAGAUAUUUUCCAUCACCAAGACCUGUCUCAAUAGAAAAAACAAACAUAAAUUCUAACCGGUUCAUCUUCUUCCACAGCAUCACUGCCGUGAAUAUUAAAAGCUGCCACUGCAGUCAACAGCAGUAACAAAAGAGGUUGCCAACACCGUUUCAUCAUCCCACCCUGAAAAGAAAACAGAAAAGCACUAUCAUUUUUUAGUAAUCUUCUAGUUUACCUAAGAUACUGACUUUUGUUCCUCACUAACACUAUUGGUGUUGUCUUUAAAGUUUCUAUUUUCUGUUGUUACAGAGAUUACUUUUAUUCAUAAAGCUGGACCCCUCUCUCCAGUGGUCAUUAGUGGCAUUUUUCUGAAUUACAAUAUUGUAUUUAUAGCUGAUUAGGAAAAUUCUCUAACUGACUCACAGUGUGCUUAUCUGGUUAUUAUACCAUUGCACGAAUAAACACUGUGUGAACUAUGAAACAAAGAAUGCACAGUACCAGCAUUAACUAUAAACCCUCACUUACCCAUCUUCUUAGAAGAAGCAGAGAAUUGGUGACAACAGAAACAGAUAUUUUUGCUAGUUUUAACAAGCAGAGAUACCAUGUGUCAGACUUAAACUGGUGUGACCAUUGGUAUCUUAUUUGUCACACCUCUGUUGUUGGGGUGAGAUAACCUUUGUUAUGAGUGUUUGACCAAUAAGAAUGAACCACUUACACGACAGGGAAGCAAAACAGUAGGAUCCUAUUGUAAACUACACAAUAUUAAUUACCCUAUGCUUUAUCAUACUAUGGUACACUUAACUGUACAAUACAGUUCUAUGCUAUACUAUACUUAACUAUACUAUGCUCUACUAAACUAUAUCAUACCGUAUUUAACUAUACCAUCUAUAUUAAAGCAUACAAUUAUAUCCUAUACAUAAUGAUACUAUAAUGCUCCAUACUAUACUAUGCUUUUAUACAAUAAUAUAACUCGCAAUAGCAAGGUGCCCUUUACUGUACUUUGCUAUUCAAUACUGUACUAUACUUAACACGACUAUACUAUCCAUACUAUAUUGUAUUAUAUUAUACUACACUAUGCAACUUAAUGCUUUGCAUUAGUACAGCACACCACACCAAACCAUACUUUGGUUCACAAUUCUAAACAGUGCUAAACUGUGCCAUAUAAUGCUAUAUUGUACUGUUCCAUGCUCUACUACAUACACUAUUCUGUCCCUACGAGAUUACACUUACUAUACUUUACUUAAUUAUACAUAACUAUGCUGUUAUGCUACACUAAACUAUGGUAAGCUAAACUAUACAGUGUGAUAAUUUUCAGUUCUACAAUAUACUAUAAAAAAAACUCUAAUCUGUACUGUACUUCACUGUAUUAUACUGUAUAAUGCUAUGCCAUUGCACACUAUGCCAUACCAAGUUUCACCAUACUAUACUAUACUAUACUAUACUAUACUAUACUGUUUCAUGCCAUACUUUACCCGGUUAAAAUGUGUUUUUUUUGCGAUGCUGCGCUGGACUAUUGUACACUCUACUAAGUUGUGCUUUGCUUUACGGUGUUAUACCACACAAUACAAUAUUAAACUAUUGAUUUCAUAGUUUUCCUCUUUAUGCUACUCCCUGUAAACUAGACUGUACUAUAUAAUGCUAUUCUAUACUAAACUACACUGCACUUUACUGUUAUAUACUAUACUACAUUACAUAUACAUAUACAACUAUGCUCCACUAUGUUAUACUUAUAUAUAUUAUACUUCACUGCACUGCAUUACACUACCCUACACUACAUCCUCUUAUACCUUGCUAUGCUUUUCAGUGUUUAGCCAUGCUUAGCAAGGCUACAAUAUGCCUUGCUCUGCAAUACUUGACUUUGGUUCUCUAUACUGUGCUAUCAAAGUUCUACUUUUUUUUAAACGUACCUUUUGUUGUGAAAGAAAGCCAAGAACGGAAACUACAACAGAGAAGUAAAAUGCAGCAUUUCACGACAACAUUCAGCCAUUUCGUAAACAGUUUAUCUUCCUUAUUCAUGUUUGAUGCUUUUCUACUCUCAUAGACAGAGUAUACACAGAGUAACUGAGUAUAACACAGACAAAAUCUUUUAUGGUUGUAAGAUGGUUUCCAUUGUCCUACAAGUCACAAGACACCAAGUGCAAUCACAACUUAAUGAGCUUGUUUGUUGGGAGCGACAUUACAUGAAGAGAAAGAGUGCCUUUUCUUUUCAUGAACCCACAGAUGUCAGCUUAAAAUCUUCUAACCUACAUUUGCAGUCUAUUCUGUUGGAUUUCAAACUUAAUUCUUAUUUAGUCAGUAUUCUUGUUUUUUGAAUUAUAAUCAGACACUUACCUGGACGUCAACUGGCACUCAGGUGAAUUCAGGAUCACCUGUCAGUGAGAUGCAGCCUGCUUACGCUGACCUUUGGUCCAUGUUGUAAAACCUGACACAUACUGUUACACAUUCAGAGACCUACUUACUUCAUCACUUCCUCGUUUUAGUUCGAACCUUUUUCACGCUUCUGUUGUAAACAACUCUUGUUAGAAGAAUUUUAGUAUAGCAGCAACUUAGUGAAUAGGAUUAAGCUUUUUUUUCAAAUCUGGUUUUAGGGAAGAAGCUUUACAAGCUGAGGAAACAGUGACCAGGGCACAGGGGGGUAUUUAUAAAACUGAAUGGAAAAAUGCAAAAGAAGAAGAAGUAAGAGGGCUUACAGGACAUGAAGUGAAAAAAACAACAAGAUGGAAAAGAGGAACAUGAUACUGUAAAUUUAAUUUACCACCUGACAACUCAUUGACCUUUCCCUGUCUGCAUCCUUGCAUCACCUAUCUUAUCUGUCAGUUAUAUGUGGCCAAGUACUUUUGUCACAUGUCUCCCUCCCUGCCCUUAUACAUGAGGUGAGGCACAUAUAAGAAUGAAACAGAAAGAUUACAGCCUCUUCUCGCCUGUUUUCUUCGCUCUACAGGAGAGAAGAAGCUAUCAGGGCGAUUGAGGAGGAGAUCAAGAGGGAGAGGAGGGUGGCUGAUGAGAUCAUUCAACAAAUGCCAGCUGUAAAGCAAGAGAAGUAUUUCACCAUGACAACAGCCAAUGAGGAGCUGUUGCAGGUAUAAAUGUGACCUUGUAUUCUUUUACUCAAAUUGCUCAACUUGUUGAUGAAAAAUGCUCUUAUCAUCCGUUAGAUGUAGCUUGAUUAAAUCACCCGCUGACGAGAUAAAACUCAAUUGUAGUACAUUUACACAUAAAACAUAAAAACAUGUAGCAACAUAACAGAUUAAGGCGGUUACAUACAGUUUCAUGUUCCUAUACCACAAUAAUAUUGUACUCAUACUCUACUUUAACAAAAUGAAUAAAUUAAUCUUAAUUUAUCAAUUUAUUAAUGUUUAUUUGUAUGAUACAUUUUUCUUUCCAGGAGCUGACUGUUCUCCAGGAGGAGCUGGACAUUCUAGUAACUAGGAAAGAGGACUAUGAAGCUGUAAGUUGGAGUAAAAAGUUGGGGGAGUUUGUGGUUAACAUACAUUAAAUUUAUCUGAACUGAAUAGGUAGGCUUUGUUGUUCAUAAUAAGCCAGGAUACAACAACAUUAAGACCACUGCUCCUGGUUGGUGCAUUGUACAGACUGUAUAACACAUGGACAUUGCCUCAGUAGGUUGCCCACUGGGUUUGUAAGGCCCAGUUUUGAAGCUUAUUUAUGAUGACCGCCAUAUUGGAAAUGUCGACUCAACCUAACUUUUGGUCGACUCACCAGGAAGCAAAGAAGUGGAGUUGAGCCAAACCUUUAGGUUAUAAAAUAGAAACUCCCUACAGUGUUUCUGAAUAGAGGCAUGAGCUAUUUGGCCCAUUUGUUUUUUUCAUGUUAAAGCUCCUGUAAGGAACUUUCGGUCUGUUUGAAUUUUGGCGUCCCCUAUGGACAAAGCAGACUUUGUUUAUAUUUUCUUCUAUGUGCUUUGUCUUCCGACAAAAAUGUUGAUCCUAUUGGCUUUUUGGUGAAUAUUUAAUGUGGAAAAUGUAAACAAAAAUAUUGUCCUCCUACGUGCAGGAGCUGGCACACUCACACAUAAAGCAGGAAGUGGUUCGUCUGCAUGAGACUCUGUCAGCGCUGGAGAUGAAGCGAGAUGCCAUGGAGGCCGAGCACAAGAGCCUGGGCUCCCCACAGGAGGAGCGGGAGAAAUUAUUGAAACAGGUUAGUUUUACAAGCAGGCCCUAUUUAAACCAGGUAAAGAAAGCAUCAGAUAUAGUGCAGAAUUCAAAAAACAAAAAUAACAAAAAACAAAACCUACAUUUUGUUGCUUGAAAGAAAAUCUUGAUGCAGUCUUAGUUUCAUGUUUGGGUCAACUUAAAGUUCGGGUUGAAAUGAUUGACUCUAAAUGCUGAAGUGUCCUGUGAGGUUUAUGGUGCAAUCUGGACAUGCUCACAAUAGGAGUCUUCAGAGAAGUCCACUUGCUUUGUUGGGGUCACUUCAGUGAGACCAGUGAUAUAACUGUGAGUGAUAAUGAACUACUGAUAGAAACUUCUGUUUUAACUUCCAGGUGAAGGAGGACAAUCAGGAAAUUGCCAGCAUGGAAAGACAGUAUGUAUUUACAUUACUUUCCUCCCUGCUGAGUCAUGUGUCUUUUCUUUAUUUUGCCUCAUUCAUCAAAUGUGCUUUGAGCUUUCCACUUGCUUACAUCUAAAUUUAAUUUAAAUUAUGUUUUUAGGCUUACAGAAAUCAGAGAAAGGACUGCACAGAUCACAGAGGAGAUCCGUCAGCUGGAGCAGGAUUCAGAGGAAGCACAGGGUAACAACUGAAGAAUACUCAAUGUUUUUUUUUUUAUGUUUGUUUUUUUAUGCUGUCUGAAAACGGUUGCAUCUGUCAUUUUUAUGUUACACUGUAAACAACAAACUUUUUUUUAGAUAAGUCAUGAAUUGAUGAUAACAAAAAUUACAUUAGUCUUUUGACUUUAUUCAUCAUUAACUGCCAAAUGUUUAAAUAUAUGAAAAACAAACUGAUUUUUUUCAUGUUUAAGACACUGCUUUCAUUGGCUUUGUUAGCUUUUGAUUAAUCCAGAUGUUAUUGAUUUACUUUCUGUAAUACAACUUUAUAAGAAACAGAUUCUAUGUGUAUUAACAUGGACUGACAGUAAAAGUUUUUCCGACAGACCGGUAAGUCUUAAAGGUGUAUUUGUCUGUUUAAAAGGUGAGCGUCAGCAGAAAUACAAGGAACUGAAGAAAAAAGAAGAGGAAAUUGAUCGUGAGUAAAUUUUUUGACGACAUAAAUAUUGAACAUGAUUCUGAACUAUUUGAAGAAUCACAGUUUUAAUUAGCUAGUGACAAUUUUCAGUGAUGUUCCCAUGGCUUGCAAACUUUCAAACACAUGUAGGUCAGUAUUUACAUCUUGAUCAUACAUAUACUGUAUGUUUAAAGAAAGGCAUAAUUAAAGUCUAAUAUAUCAAAAUAAAGUACAGAGUGGCAGAAAGCUAUCAGGUCUACAACAUAAAUCCUCUAGUAGGUCAAUACCAUAAUAACCAACAAUACAUCCUCACAGUUUAGCUUACUUUGUACAGAAAGGUGAAGGUUGGCAGAUACACAGCAGAGUAUAUUUGCAUUUUUUUUCUCUGACUCUACCAGCAGGUGUCACCACAGUCUCUGUAUUGUAAAUAAGAACAGAACAGCUGUUAUGUUACACAUCUGUUUGACCAGUUACUGUUUUAACAAGUUAGUAGGGGUAACUUGCUACAGCUCCCUCCUUUUAUUUGUUGCAGGGUACCUGGGCUCAUUUGAGGACUCAAGGGCUCAGGAGCAGGAGAAGAUGACUCAGUGUCAGGAGAACAUCGUCUCUCUCCUGGAGCACUGCAGCAGGGUGAGAAAAGGAGGGCAGUCAACAGACAUUACCAGAAAAGUUUGGGAAAGAAUACCUAGUGUGUUAGUAGUUAUGUGUGUUUGUGUGUGUAGAACAUGUUACGGCUGCGUCAGGUGGAUCGAGUCACUGCCGGUGAGCUGAGGAACAUGCAGGAAGUGCUGGUCAGCAAGGAGACAGAGGUGGUUCAAUCAGAGAGCACCGCCAGGGGACUGUCAACAGGUGAGCAAUAUACUCACAGAGCAUUGGUAACAUCUGCUAUAUUUGAAAAGUCCAACCAGCUAACUGGUAUUCUGUUAUUCUGUGCUCACACUAACCUCCUAGAGUCACAGCGUCUGCAGCAAGACCUGGAGAAGGUGCAGCAGCUGGAGGGGAAGAUAACAAGUGAGCUCAGCACCCUUAAGGAGCGUGUCAGCACCAUGGAGACUGAGCUACACACCUAUAGAGACCUGGACACCCUUAGGCACGAAGCAGAGGAGAAGAAAAAGGUCAAACGGGGGACAUUAAUGCUGAAAUUAUAUAAACGUGUCUUGUUGUGGACCAACUAAUUUCACAUAAAUCUCCUAUCUGUUCCCUAUCUCCUAAAACAGCAAAACAAAAAGCGAACUGCCUUGUUGUUGUUCUGUUGCAGAGACUACAAGAGGACCGUGUGUCACUAUCUCAGCGUCGUGAUUCCUUCAAACAGUUGCUGGAUGAAAUGAACCAGAAAUAUGAAGCUCUGACAACAAAGCUGCAAGAAAAUGAGACUCACACUCAGGUUUGUGACACUGAGAACUGAAAAAACAUCACACACAUUCACAGGAGCUACAAAAUCUGCUAACUAAGUAAUGACAAUUUAUUCUGCGAGGUCUUAUUAAUAACUUCUGUAGCAUCUUGGAUCUACUUUUGCAUUUACAUCCUUACUUCAGAUGCAGUUUUGCUUUGAUUUCAAACAUAUCGCUGCGUUGAUAUUGUACAGCUUGUACUAAUUUUGCAUUUGGUUUGUUUGCUUUGUUGUGUUUAGCUGACUAACCUUGAAAGGAAGUGGCGACACUUGGAGCAGAACAACUUCGUCAUGAAAGAGUGUAUCCUUUAAAAACUUGGCUUCAUCUCUUGGUUGUUAAGUUUUGGUCCCAUUUUAAAUAAUUCAGGCGUAAAACCCAAACCAAUGAUCUUUCCUUGACAGCAGGAUCAGUCAUUGCUUCAAAAUCUCAGGAGAGUGACUAUGACUCAGUCGCCAAGAACGUCUUCCAACAGAUCAACGAGUACAACAAGAACCUUAUAGAGUCAUUGCAGAGCAACAGGAGUUAAACAUAAAUUAGCAAUUAUACUGGAAAACAUUCUAGUUUGCUUAAAGUCUAAAUCUAUUUUUAAAAAAUGCAGAUUUUGAAAAUUAUUUGGAAAGAUAGAUUUAAAUGUUGAAAGUUUUCUGGUCUGAUAUCAAAGUGUCUCUGUUACCUGUUACAGUUUAGCUGAUUUUAGUUGUUGAAAUACCUUCUUUUUCAAAACAUAUGAGUAUUUAUCUCACUUUUUUGCAUUUGAAUGUAAAGUGCAAUUACUAACUGAAUAAAUACAUUUUUAAGCAAAGUAAAUAAAAUGUUGAAUGUAAA